AUGUCUACUUCUCUAAGCGACACGCCUUCUUCCCCGAAUAAUGAGGAGUCUACUGAGGAAACGAAACAAGAACGUGCAGCCAUAGAAGAAAAAAUAGUUAACGAAGAAUAUAAAAUCUGGAAGAAAAAUUCACCGUUUCUAUAUGAUUUGGUCAUCACUCACGCGCUGGAAUGGCCUACGUUAACGUGUCAGUGGUUUCAAGAUAUAGAAAAGCCCGAAGGAAAGGAUUAUACUAUCCAGCGUUUAUUAAUCGGUACUCAUACAUCGGACAAUGAUCAAAAUUAUGUUGAAAUCGCUAAUGUCCAACUUCCUAAAAGCGAUUCUGAUAUCGAUCCUCGAAAAUAUGAAGAAGAAAAAGCAGAAGCAGGUGUGCAUGGUGGAUCAUCCGAAAGUAGAAUCACCGUUGUUCAAAGAAUAAAUCACGACGGUGAAGUUAAUAGAGCACGAUAUAUGCCUAAAAAUCAAAAUAUAAUUGCAACAAAAACGGUAGCAGGAGAUGUUUAUAUAUUUGAUCUUACAAAGCAUCCACCUAAACCUCUCGCGGAAGGGGUUUGUAGUCCCGAGUUGAAAUUGCGAGGACAUACAAAAGAAGGGUAUGGGUUAUCUUGGAGUCCGUUUAAUGCUGGUCACAUUAUAGAUGCUUCUGAAGACACCACUAUUUGUCAUUGGGAUAUCAAUGGAUAUACGAAGGAAACAAGAACAAUGGAGCCGUUUAGAGUUUAUCGAGGGCAUGAAGCUAUCGUCGAAGACGUUGCGUGGCAAACAAUAAAUAUCUUCGGUUCAGUAGGGGACGAUCAAAAACUUCUCAUUUGGGAUACACGUGAUAAUAGCGACAAACCAUCACAAUCAAUCAUUGCUCACCAAAGUGAAGUUAACAGUUUAGCAUUCAAUCCACAUAACGCAAACAUUUUGGUGACUGGUGCCGGGGACAAGACCUUAAGUUUGUGGGAUUUACGUAACCUUAAAGUCAAGUUACAUACACUUGAACAACAUACAGGUGAAAUUGUUCAAGUCGAAUGGUCACCACAUGAUGAAACAAUUCUCGCAUCUGCUGCGGGUGAUCGUAGGGUUAAUAUAUGGGAUUUAAGUAGGAUUGGUUCGGAACAAACGGCUGAAGAUGCUGAAGAUGGUCCACCGGAGUUAUUGAUUUCAGAUUUUAGUUGGAAUCCUCAUCUUCCCUGGGUCGUAGCUAGCACCGCGGAAGAUAAUAUUAUACAAGUGUGGCAACCAGCUGCGAAUAUCUACACUAUUGAUGAAAGGGAAAUCCCAGCCGACGAAUUAGAAGAUUAA